AUGGCUUCAAUGACCUCUGGAUCAUACACAUAUCUAGAUUACGAAAGAACAGGUGCAGCAGGCCUCGGGAAGGAGCUGCAGGUGCAGCAGGCCUCGGAAGAGAAUGGCACAGAGGCUGUCGACAGGCAGCACGACUUCGUGUUCAGCUCCAAGCGUGACUUGUACCUCAUGAACACCAUGAGCACGUUGGCGGCCGACGACAAGGAAACCAAAAACACCCUGAAGCUGGGGGACGCUUACCAGGUACUGGAUCCGGGGAUUGGCGGGAUGGGGGUGGGGGGGGCCCGCAACGGCCCACAACACUGUCGUAACUUCCUCCUGGGUGUCGUACUGCCGUACCGUUCAUCAGGUGCUGUCGUCAUCGCCAGUCACGACCUGCAGUUCCUCAAGGGCACAUGCCGGGAAAUCUGGGUGGUGGAGGGGGGGCAGGAUUUUGAGACCAUCAACUCUCUCAAGGAAAAGCUUGUAGAAGGGGCACCCUGUGACGAAAGCAUGAAUGACCUGCGCACCCUUAUCAAUAAGUGUGCUAGAGAGACGUUCGGCGGUGCACGGGUGAUGGAAAAGUCUGUGAAGCGUGACUGGUGGAACGAGGACUGUGCAGCUUCGUGGAAUGAUAUGAUGAGUUUCCGUAAGGAGGUCAGGGACCCCGUCUCAGGCAAGCUGCCCGAUCUACAUAGGACUACCUGGAAGGCCAAGCACCGUGCCUUUAAAAAGGCUAGGAAGGCCGCUAUUCAGGAGUUUGAAAUGGAAGAUAUGCGGAGGAGGAUUAAGGACGCCCGGUUCAACCCACGCGGAUUGUGGACAUGGCUGCGUGGGGGAAAACCACCUCCUUGCGGGAUCUCAGAUAUUAAUGCUUUUACCGAGCAUUUUUCCAAGGUGCUUAAUGGUACGGGAGAGACGAGGCAAUGCCGCAAUGAGGGUAUUCAGUUUAGAUGGCUGGACGAGGACCAGGUGACGCACAGACGGGAAUUAGCUGCUUGGCUUAACGAGGAUUUUACGGAGGAUGAAAUUGCUAGUGGCCUUAAGGCUAUGCGCAACAAUAAGUCCGCGGGCCUGGAGGGAACCCCGGCCGAGUAUUAUAACCGAUGGAGCACCCUUCGUGAGCAGAGUGUUAGCCUGGCGGGCGGUGAUCUCACUAACCUACUUUUCGUUGACGAUGUGUCACUGGUAGCGACAGGGCACGAUAGAGCUGAAUGCCUUCUGGGGCUACUCGAAGCCUACUGCAAAGCGACGGGUAUGGCCGCGAAUGCCGCCAAGUGCGAGGUCCUCAUUUUUGGGGGUGCUACGCGUGAGCGGAAGCGGCUUGUUGAAGCUGAGUACCGGAAUUACCGGAGCCAAGGCGUGUCGCUAUAUGAACUGGAUGGGAGCUGCCCCGUCAAGGGGCUUUGUGACUGUGGAGCGGUUGAAGAUGAGUUGCAUGUUUUCGAAGAAUGUCCCGCUUACAAGAGCAUACGGGCUAAGUAUGAUGGUGACCUAGUCCUUGCGGGGCGCAGCAUGCGCACCAUUAUGACUGAGGCGCCACCCCUGGCAUUGGCCAGGUACCUCUCGGAAAUCUGGGAGGCCAGGCACGUCGCGCUGAGGCGCUUCGCCCUGAAGCGGACGAGGGAGAAUGAAGAUGACCUCCCGCGUACCCGCAUCAAUACCAAUACAACGUCCAUGGCCCCCCCGGCUUUUACGGACACACCCGCACUUGUGUGCGGAACUUGUAACUUGCUAAGGAUUUUGAGCUGGGUUCGGUAA